GCUUCCUCUGAGUGAGUCCAGCUAAAGGACAGAAAAGCUGAAAACUCCAACACUGCUGCUUGAAGCUGUUGACGGGAGAGGAGCCAGGACUGACUGUACUUCCUAUCUGCUGUUUUCAGCUUUACUCACAGAAUGGCUUCCAGAUCAGAGGAGGAUCUUUGCUGUCCAGUGUGUCAGGAGAUCUUUACAGAUCCUGUUAUUCUGUCAUGUAGCCACAGCUUCUGUAAAGACUGUCUGAAGAGAUGGUGGAAAGAGAGACCAACACACGAGUGUCCAAUUUGUAAGAGAAGGUCUUCAAAGCCAGAACCUCCUUUAAACCGGGCUUUAAAAAACCUGUGUGAGUCGUUCUUACAGGAGAGAGAUCAGAGAGCUCCAGAGGGUCUCUGCAGUCUGCACUCUGAAAAAUUCAAACUCUUCUGUCUGGACCAUCAGCAGCCAGUGUGCGUUGUCUGCUGUGCAUCAGAAAAACACACCAACCACAGAUUCAGACCCAUCGAUGAGGCUGCACAACAACACAAGAAGGAACUUCAGGAAACUCUGGAGCCCUUAAAGGAGAAGUUAAAGAUUUGUGAAGAAGUUCAAGUGAAGUUUGAUCAAACAGCAAAACACAUUAAGGUCCAGGCCCGACACACAGAGAGGCAGAUUAAGGAGCAGUUCAAGAAGCUUCACCAGUUUCUAGCAGAGGAAGAGGAAGCCAGGCUGGCUGCACUGAGGGAG